AUGGAUUCAUUAUCAAAAAAGAUUCAAAAUCUAGGUAUCCACGAUAUCCGUAACGCGGCCAGAUUUGCACAAAACGUCAUAGUCCAAUAUGAACCAUACCAAGUUGAUAUAAGAAGAGCCACCAACACUGACGCGUGGGGUCCCACUCCUAAACAUUUACAAAAAGUUUUAAGAAAUAGAUAUCAAGUACCAUUGUAUCUGAUGGUUGAAUAUACUUUGAAAAGAUUAGUGGAUCAUAUCGCUGUUAAACCUAAAAAUUUCUAUGAAAGAGCUAGAAAGGAAUAUGUGAAUUAUGGUGCUGAAUGGAGAGUUGUAUUGAAAUGUUUGACUGUUGUUGAGUAUUUAAUGUUGAAUGUCGAUGAUGGGGAUGAACUGAAUCAAGUUGUAAGGUGCUUGGAUACUCAUAAACAUAUAUUGACUAGAGAGAUUCCUAUGUAUAAAGUUGGGUUUUCUAAUGAUGGGAAGAUGGAAAUUCAUGAACGUGGGAUUAGAAAGAAAGGUGAAGAUAUUUUGCAAUAUUUGGAAGAUCCUUCAUUUUUGAAACAAGAACGAUUGAAGAAUAAGAAAAAUGCUAUGAAAAUUCGACAGCAAUCAAAUGCAGUUAUUUCUCAAGCUGCAAAUAUUUCUGCUCCAUCAGGGACUUCUUAUAAUGCUAACGAUAUGGAUCAAAAUGCAUUUGGUGAUGAUGGUGAUUAUGAUGAAGAACAUGAAACAGGUAAAGAUUUCGAAUUCGAUUUGGAGUCUGAAGCUAACAUUGGUCAAAGACCUCCUCAACGUCAAUUGUCAGCUCGUGAAGAACAAAGAAAACAAAGAAGAGAAAUUUUAAGGCAAAGAAUAAAGAAUUCAGAACAACAACACAAACAACAAACUGCAAGACAUAGUACUGCAGCAAAGAAGACUAAUCCAGUUCCUGACUUGUUAGAUUUUGAUGAUUUGGAACCAGCUAGUCCUUCAAAUAAAACAGAUACUAUUGUUAAAGAUAAAGCUGAAGCUGGAGAUGAAGAUGAAGAUGACGAAUUUGGUGAUUUCCAAAGUGAUGCAAGUCCUUCUCCUGCUAUAAAUAAACCCGUAGGAACAACGGCUUCUACAAAUACUAGUAGUAAUUUAGAUGACUUAUUGGAUUUUGGAAGUAGUUCUAAUAGUACCACUUCAAAACAAAAUACAACAAUUACAUCUUCCUCUAAUACCACGAACAAAAAUAAUGGUCAAAAGGAUGCAUUCGAAGAUUUAUUUUCUUACUCUAAAUCUUUGAUAUAA